CGCCACCGCUGUGACUGAACGGCUGGAGAGAGAGCGAGAGAGGGAGGGAGGAAGAGAGCCAGAGAGCGGCAAGAGCGGGGAAUAACAGCCCGGGGACAGGGGGUGGAUUGCCGCAGACGGAGGGGGAAGAGAAGAAAGUCGGGUGAAUCAAUGACCUUUUGAAGCGCUCUUCCUCUGGGUGUCCCGGUGUAGACACAGACCGGAGAGACGCACAUUUUGGUGCAUUUUUUUGAAAGACGUUGCGCUUUGAAAUUCAUCGACUGGACUGGACAAGUGUGGACACCCGGCAGCUAAGGAGGAAGUGGGAACCCCGGGCUUUGACUGGGCCUGAUUUAUAGCGUAAAAACUGCCGAACCCUUCUCUAAAGGGGGUUUCGAGGAGAUCAAAUGGUUUGAAUGUGGAUUUUGGAGGAAGUUUUAAACAAGGGGAUGUCAUUUUUUUCCUCUACAUUGGAGAGCAGUGGAUCAUGAAAGUAUAUCCCCACCCAGUUCAGCGAGGGCUCCACUCAAACUGCUCCCUCUGAAAGCUCACCCUCUCAGGUCACAUCAUUUUUCAAAUGCAGCUAAUUGUAGCCGGUCUGUUCUCAAAGUGAACCAAAUCCUUUAGAAUUGGACACUUGUACGAGCCCACUUCUGCCAUCACGUGGAAGGCUUUCACUGUAACUUCCCUCUCCUGUUAACUUUCCCUCUCAUUAGAGAAGCCUUAAUUUCUUCCCAUCAAAGUAUUUAUGCACAGAAAACACAAUGGGGAAAAUGCUGUCAAAGAUCUUUGGCAACAAGGAGAUGAGGAUAUUGAUGCUUGGACUUGAUGCUGCUGGGAAAACAACCAUCCUGUACAAGCUGAAGCUGGGACAGUCUGUCACCACCAUCCCCACUGUGGGAUUCAACGUGGAGACGGUCACCUAUAAGAAUGUGAAGUUCAACGUGUGGGAUGUGGGCGGCCAGGACAAGAUCAGGCCGCUCUGGAGACAUUACUACACAGGCACCCAGGGUCUCAUUUUCGUGGUGGACUGCGCCGACAGGGACAGGAUCGACGAGGCCAGGCAGGAGCUCCACCGGAUCAUCAACGACCGGGAGAUGAACGACACCAUCAUCCUCAUCUUCGCCAACAAGCAGGACCUCCCAGACGCCAUGAAGCCCCACGAGAUCCAGGAGAAGCUGGGCCUGACUCGGAUCAGGGAUAGGAAUUGGUACGUUCAGCCUUCGUGUGCGACAACAGGGGAUGGACUAUGCGAAGGCCUUACCUGGCUUACCUCAAAUUACAAAUAUUAAAGGUUCCUCUCACCAGCAUGGACAUUUGAUGGGAAAAAGUAGCUGAGAAUGACAACAAGAGUUGAAAAUGCAAUCUGAAGCAAUUAAUACCAUGACCUCUCUGCUGAGUAUCAAAGAGAGUGUCGAUUAUUGUUUAUUUUUUCCUUUUGAUAAUGAUGAUUUCACUAUAACCGCAGAUUUCAUUUAAACAAAGGACUAUUGUUUUUGCUGGCUUUCUUUUUCUAUUUGCUUUAGAUCACAUUCUGUAUAACCCUUAAAUACAGUAAGCUUAAUUUUGGUGACAUUUCCUUUACUUUCCUUGUUUUAUUUUGUAUCAUUUCCUCGAAAGGGACAUGUGGACACACUUCAUUCAGUAUUCUCCCAACCCAGCUACAUACCCAAAGGAUGGAGAAGUCCAGAAAAACCAUCAGCAUAUCACUUUUGUGACUUAAACUGCCUCUGUACUUUGUCCGAAUGUGUAUUCUGGAUGGACCUUGAUAAAUAAUUGUUUUUGAUUGUACUGGAGUGAAUGAGGAAACAUGUCAGUGCUUACUCCCUGUGCCGUGAUUACAUCCAUCAUGUCUGCUGUGGCGGUUUGUUAAAAGACACUAUGUGGACGCUGGAUAUUCACACUGUGAUAUGGAUAUAUACUUUUGUUGUUUCAGGGUCUUGAUCUGUUACCACCAGUCUUAUUCUCGCCUUUUUUGUCCUAUCUGAGCUUCCAUAACUUGAGUAUUUCUAGUUUCUGCUGCCUUAAAGGAGGCUACAGGUGCCCAGAAGUUAAGACAGCUACUACAGCUGAAGCUUUGCUCCACUGCUGAGUUUGCACUUUGGAGGGAAAAGAGGGGGUGGGGUCACCAGCGAGCUGUGUACGCACAUUUUGACUGACUUUUGGACCCCAGCAAAUGUUUAAAAAAUCCCCAACCCCCCUCCAACUCCAAUGUAGGUGCUUCGUCCUUUCUCUUUCUUUAACCUAAAUCAUCUUCAGGUUCUUACACUCACCAGCUUUCUGUUAAUAGAUCUGCUCUUUAAUUGUUGUUCCUUUUUUGCUAUGCUGAUGAAAUAAUAAAAAAUAUAUCCAGA